CCUCUGAGGGCACGGGCCCGGCGGGGAGGCCUCCCCGGGCCUCAGCAUGUUUCUCUACUGGAAGAAGCGGGGUGCCUAUGCGCUGGAGGCCCUGCCCGGUGCCCUGGCCGAGCUGGAGCUGGGGGCCGUGGAGCGCUUCUCCUGGAGUUCCACCCUGGACAUCAUCGAGGACCUCGGGGAAGACCGGAGCCUGGCUGAAGAGAAGGGGCUGUGCUGUCAGAACCCCGACUGCAUGGACAAGGGGCGGGCGGCUAAGAUAUGCCACCACGCCGACUGCCAGCAGCUGCACCGCCGGGGCCCCCUCAGCCUCUGCGAGGCCUGUGACAGCAAGUUCCACGGUGCCAUGCAUUAUGAUGGGCACGUCCGCUUCGACCUGCCCCCCCAAGGCUCUGUCCUGGCUCGGAAUGUGUCCACCCGGUCAUGCCCCCCGCGCACCAGCCCUGCAGUGGACAUAGAGGAGGAGGAAGAGAGCUCUGUGGAUGGCAAGGGGGACCGGAAGAGCACAGGCCUGAAGCUCUCCAAGAAGAAAGCCUGGAGGAGACACACAGAUGACCCAAGCAAGGAGUGCUUCACGCUGAAAUUUGACCUGAACGUGGAUAUCGAGACAGAGAUCGUACCAGCCAUGAAGAAGAAGUCGCUGGGGGAGGUGCUGCUGCCAGUAUUUGAAAGGAAGGGCAUUGCGCUGGGCAAAGUGGAUAUCUACCUGGACCAGUCCAACACGCCCCUGUCCCUCACCUUUGAGGCCUACAGGUUCGGGGGACACUACCUGCGGGUCAAAGCCAAGCCAGGGGACGAGGGGAAGGUGGAGCAGGGGGUGAAGGACUCCAAGUCCCUGAGUCUGCCAAUCCUGCGGCCAGCCGGGGCCGGGCCCCCCACCCAGGAGCGUGUGGACCCGCAGAGCCGCCGGGAGAGCCUGGACAUCCUGGCCCCUGGCCGCCGACGCAAGAACAUGUCGGAGUUCCUGGGGGAGGCGAGCAUCCCUGGGCAGGAGCCCCCAGCGCCCUCCAGCUGCUCUCUGCCCAGCGGCAGCAGUAGCGGCAGCAGCAGCAGUGGCGGCAGUGACAGCUGGAAGAACCGGGCGGCCAGUCGCUUCAGCGGCUUCUUCAGCUCAGGCCCCAGCACCAGCGCCUUCGGCCGGGAGGUGGCCAAGCUGGAGCAGCUGGAGGGCAAGCUGCACGCCUACAGCCUCUUCGGGCUGCCCAGGCUGCCCCGGAGGCUGUGCUUUGACCAUGACUCAUGGGAGGAGGAAGGUGACGAAGAGGAGUACGAGGACGACGCCUGCCUGCGGCUGGAGGACAGCUGGCGGGAGCUCAUCGAUGGCCACGAGGUGGGUGCCGCCCGAGGCCUUCCCCUCCCUCCUCAGGGAAAGGGGCACGUUAUCCCCCUGCUCCACGGGGCCCUUCCUAGGGCGGCGGGAUGUUCCACGGGACAGCCCUGCCAGGCUGCUCUCACCGUUAACCCGCUUUGGAGGAACUCAGGCAAGGUGAAACUGUGCCUGGCCCAGAACUUGGGGGACCUCUGUGUCUCAGCUGGGAAAAAGGUUGCGUGCAGGGCCGUUCACCCUUCUCCCCCUGCUCCGGCCAUCCCGGCACACGUGGGGGCUCCUGGAGAUACCCUGCCCUUCCCACAGAAGCUGACCCGGCGGCAGUGCCACCAGCAGGAGGCGGUGUGGGAGCUUCUGCACACAGAGGCGUCCUACAUUAAGAAACUGAGGGUGAUCACCAACCUGUUCCUGUGCUGCCUCCUGAAUCUGCAAGAGUCAGGGCUGCUGUGUGAGGUGGAGGCGGAGCGCCUGUUCAGCAACGUCCCGGAGAUCGCGCGGCUGCACCGCGGGCUGUGGGGCAGCGUGAUGGCGCCAGUGCUGGAGAAGGCGCGGCGCACGCGGGCGCUGCUGCAGCCCGGGGAUUUCCUCAAAGGCUUUAAGAUGUUCGGCUCCCUCUUCAAGCCCUACAUCCGAUACUGCAUGGAGGAGGAGGGCUGCAUGGAGUACAUGCGGGGCCUACUACGCGACAACGACCUCUUCCGGGCCUACGUCACGUGGGCCGAGAAGCACCAGCAGUGCCAGCGGCUGAAGCUGAGCGACAUGCUGGCCAAGCCCCACCAGCGGCUCACCAAGUACCCGCUGCUGCUCAAGUCGGUGCUAAGGAAGACCGACGAGCCGCGCGCCAAGGAGGCCGUCGUCACCAUGAUCGGCUCGGUGGAGCGCUUCAUCCACCACGUGAACGCGUGCAUGCGGCAGCGACAGGAGAGGCAGCGGCUGGCGGCCGUGGUGAGCCGCAUCGACGCCUACGAGGUGGUGGAGGGCAGCAACGACGAGGUGGACAAGCUCCUGAAGGAAUUUCUACAUCUGGACCUGACAGCACCCAUCCCUGGCGCCUCCCCUGAGGAGACACGCCAGCUGCUGCUGGAAGGGAGCCUGAGGAUGAAGGAGGGGAAGGACAGCAAGAUGGACGUGUACUGCUUCCUCUUCACCGACCUGCUCUUGGUGACCAAGGCAGUGAAGAAGGCAGAGAGGACCAAGGUGAUCAGGCCACCACUGCUGGUGGAAAAGAUCGUGUGCCGGGAGCUUCGGGACCCUGGGUCCUUCCUUCUCAUCUACCUGAACGAGUUCCACAGUGCUGUGGGGGCCUACACGUUCCAGGCCAGCGGCCAGGCUUUGUGCCGUGGCUGGGUGGACGCCAUCUACGAUGCCCAGAGCCAGCUUCAGCAGCUGCGUGUGCAGGAGCACCCAGGCAGCCAGCAGCACCUGCAGAGCCUGGUAGAGGAGGAGGACGGGCCGGAGGACGAGGACGAGGAAGGAGGGGAGAGCAGCGCAUCGGCUGCCAGUUCCCCUACCGCCCUGCGCAAAAGCAGCAGCAGCCUCGACUCGCAGCGCUGUGUCUCGGAUGGCUCCACGGAGACCCUGGCCAUGGUGGUGGUGGAGCCUGGGGGGAUGCUGUCCUCUCCCGAGUUCGAGGGCGGCCCCUUCAGCUCCCAAUCAGACGAGACCUCUCUCGGCACCACCGCCUCGUCUGUCACGCCCACCAGCGAGCUGCUGCCCCUGGGCCCAGUGGAUGGCCGCUCCUGCUCUAUAGACUCCGCCUACGGCACCCUCUCCCCGACCUCCCUGCAAGACUUUAUGGCCCCGGCCCCUACGGUGGAGCCAGCACUCCGGCCCCCAGAGUCAUCGCGAGCCCCUUCACCCCCACCCUCGCCCCGCCUCCGCCGACGCACUCCUGUCCAGCUGCUGCCCUGUCUGCCCCACCUGCUCAAGUCCAAAUCUGAGGCCAGUCUCCUCCAGCUGCUGUCGGGGGCCACCACCCGUGGAGCACCCCCAGCCCCUAGCCGCAGCCUGUCGGAACUCUGCUUGGCUGCUACCGUCCCUGGCACCAGGACUCAGGGCUCCCCUCAGGAAGCUGGGCCCAGCUGGGAUUGCCAGGGGGCACCAGGCCCUGGCAGUGGCCCCGAGCUGUCAGAGCUGGAGGGUGGAGCCGGCUGCCCAGCUGGGGAGCCCAAAGGACCCACCAGGAGGAGCAGAGAGCUGUCCUCGGGGGCCUCGCCCAGGGUCCAGCCUGAGCCCCCCCCAGGGACCUCUGCCCAGCACAGGAAGCUGACGUUGGCCCAGCUCUACCGAAUCAGGACCACCCUGCUGCUUAACUCCACCCUCACUGCCUCGUGAGUGGCCUGGCCUGGGACAGGUGGCCCAGUGUGCUGGGGGCACUAUCAUGGCGGGGAGCAGAUGGCAUUUGGGGACGGGUGUGGGAGAGGGAGCCUGAGACCAGCCUCGGCACCUGGUGAGGAGGAAACAGUGGGCAGUGGUGAAGAAGAGGCCUGAGGAUCCCGGUCGGGAGGAGAGGGUGGCUGGAGCCCCUCCGGAUGCCUUCAGCCAAGGAAGGCCCAUCUCUCCCUUCCUCUCCACUGCAGGGAGGUCUGAGCAGAGGGAGGCUCCCAGGGGUGCCACUGACCAAGGGACAGCAGACAGCACGCCUCCUGGGGUGUGCCGGCCCCUGCUCCAGCUGCUGCCUUAUGUGUGCCCCAGCCAGAGUGCUGGGCAGGACCCCUGCCACCGCCCCCAGGGCCCAAUUUGCACUUUGCCAGACUGGCUGGAAGUGGAGGAGGGCUCAGCAGAGGCCCAGGCCCAGGCUGCAGGGCCCUGUUACAGCCACCACUGUCACUAACCUGCCUGUGCCUCCGCCCCCCAGCCUAGGCAGGGUCCCUUGCCCAAUACCCCCGGAGUCACCAGCUCCAAGCCUCUGGGCUGGGCUCCAGGGCUGGGAUCCCAGGCAGCCCUUCCCACCUCCACCCUCAUCUGGCCCCAAUGGGACGGUUCCCCUGCCCUCGCCUGCCUCCCUCCCUCCCUCCCUCCCUCCCACCUACCC